CUGAGACUGCCUGGGGGCGUGCACGUCGAGAGUCUGUCUUUUCACACCAGCAGGGACACUGUGCACCCACCGACAGAGAUUCACCAUGGCCUCAGCGCUGAAUUGCACAUCCUUUAUGUUGUGUUUUAUUUAUUUUUCGUUACUGUUUGCUAGUGUAUUUUGCGACGCUGAUGCAGAAGAAGAUGAGCAUGCCAAGCACACGUACACGGUGGAGAUGUUCAACGAGGCGGUGCCCACUGCUCCCCACUUUGUCAUGUUUUACGCCCCAUGGUGCGGCCAUUGCCAGAGGUUACAGCCGGCAUGGAAUGAACUGGCAGACAAAUACAACAGCAUGGACAAGCCCCCUGUGUAUGUGGUAAAAGUAGACUGCGUCCCGGACACCAAGUUCUGCUCCAAUGUCCACGGGGUUAGGGGCUACCCCACGCUGAAGUUGUUUAAGCCAGACCAGGAGGCAAUUAAGUACCAGGGGCCCAGAGAUCUACAGUCUCUGGAGACCUGGAUGCUGAAGACACUCCAGGAGGAGCCUUCAGAACCAGAGAGUGAACAGGAGCCUCCUAAAGCCCCAGAGCCCAAACAGGGCAUGUAUGAGCUCACUGCUGUCAACUUUAAGACCCACAUAGCCAAAGGUGCCCAUUUUGUGAAGUUCUUUGCCCCAUGGUGCGGUCACUGCAAAGCCAUGGCCCCCACCUGGGAGCAGCUGGCCACCACUUUUGAGCACUCUGAUGACGUCAAGAUAGGAAAGGUGGACUGUACACAGCACUAUGAGGCGUGCUCUGAGAAUGGCGUCCGUGGAUAUCCUACUCUGAUCUUCUUCUACAAUGGACAGAAGACCGAUCAGUACAAAGGGAAAAGAGACCUGGACUCCUUCAAAGACUUUGUAGACAACCAGCUGAAGGCCGCCGUCGCUCAGGAGCAAGUACAGGAACCGAGCGAGGAUCAAAAAGCUAACGAGAUCCCCGCAGAUGAGCCAGCCAAAGAGGAGUCCAGUGUGUUGGACCUCACGGAGAGCAACUUUGACGAGACAGUAGCCAAGGGCGUCACCUUCAUCAAAUUCUACGCUCCAUGGUGUGGCCACUGUAAGAACCUCGCCCCAACAUGGGAGGACCUUUCCAAAAAGGAGUUUUCUGGCCUCACUGACGUCAAGAUAGCCAAAGUGGACUGCACUGUUGAGCGCACACUCUGUAACAAGUACUCUGUUCGAGGUUACCCCACCCUGAUCAUGUUCAAGGCGGGGGAGCAGGGUGACGAGCAUCAUGGCGGCCGGGACCUGGAGAGCCUGCACAACUUUGUGAUGAGGCAGGCGAGAGACGAGUUGUAGAAACGGCCGAGUCAGCACUCCACGCUCCACCACUCUGCAUAUCUGGCCAGUAGGACACCACUCUCUCUCCCACAGUAGCCAAACCUCUCUCGAUCUUUCUCUCCACUCGGGUUCUCUUAGAAAGGAGUCAGCAAUGACAGACUGCAGUCUUGUCUUUCUCCUGUGUUCAAGGACAGAACGAUUCAGUAGAGUGUUUGGGAUGUGAAUGUGUUUCUCAUUGCGUUUGCCGAACCUUAAACUCCCAUUAUGGAGAAUACUAUUGUAUUGGUUGGCUCUGUGAAUGAAAUGUUUGACAACCACUUUGCAAGCACUGCUAAAUCAAUCAAAACCGAAAUUUCUCGCACAGAUAAAAUGUUAAGAUGGCAGCACUAAAGGACAGAGGUCCCAGUUUCUGCCUGUUGUAGAAAAUUGUUUCUGAUGAACUUCUGUUGCCAUUUAACUUAAUGUUUUGUUAAAUGCAAUUUUUUUUACAUGGGAUCUGUUGUUAAAUCACAAGCCAUUAAUAUUACCGUACUGUCAGGCAGAAGUUUGUAAAGUUUGUGUCACCCAAAUGUGAAGUUUGAGUGUUAAGUUGAGGGUACUUUCAAUCCAUGCUAGGGAUGGCCUAACUGACUUAACUCUCAGGGAAACGCCCACAGACUAGGAGAAGAAGUGAUGGGGGCAUCAUUUUUAUCACGGGUCUGAUGAUGGCACAUGGACUAUUUUCUCUUAAUGAUGAGGCAAGAACAAGCUGAAUUAUAAAGGCUUGGUAAACUAAGCAUCUCAGUUGUGCGUCUUACCCUUUUUCUGACUCCUGUGUUCUCAAUCCGCCUUCCCUCUCUUCUUCUCCUAGCAUCAGGGUCUCAGGCCUGGACCAUGUUGCCCCAUAUCUCCAUUACUGAGCUUUUAAGAGUUACUACUUUCAUGAAAUCUGGCCCUUCAUCUUAUUCUCAAAUGUAGUCCAAAGGUGUGUGGGUCGGUGUUGUGGGAUAUCCCUCAGGCCAGGGCUGUGUUCAAAGCAUUUGGGAACCAGUAAGUGGAGCAGUAGAAGACAGUCAAAGGUUAGGACCUCUUGCAUGAGAAAUGAAGCUCCAUUUUGGUUGUGGCACUGAACUCUGGUCAUAAUUUUGAGGAAAUGAUCGGUUUCAGCUUUUACAACCUUCCUUCUGUAGUUGGACAUUUUCGUAAUUCACUGUAGAUCAGUGUCAGGUGGUCCUACUCGCAUAUCAUCUUUCUGACUGAUUGUGAUCUAUUCUUCCCCAUAGUGAUUUAAACCAGCUGCAUCUGGGGUCUUAGAAUUCAUUUGUCCUGCUCAUCUUGCCCAAAUACUUUUCUA